AGAAAAAAAUCUUAUUGUAAGAUAAACUUAUCAAAACUACCAAAUCUAAUUCCGCUUAGUGUAAAAUUAGAACUUAUACGUAACCCCGAUUUCUUUCAAAAAUACCCCACUGACGUUUAUUUGAAGCAGGCGCGCAUACCGAGUGGAGUCAAGUUCGGAUUGGUGUAGUAAUUAUUGACGAUUAAGGCGCAGUUGGGGGGUUGAUUGUAAAUUCAGUAAAUAAAUAAUCGAAGAAGUAUUAAGUGCGAGGGUUGAUUCAAGUUAUUAGGGUGGUGUUAAAGUAAAUACGGUGCGGUCGAAGCGGUUUUGACAGUGUAGUAGUUUACAAAAACAUGGAGGGUGUUGGAGCGUACGGAGGCGGUAAAGCAGGCGGUGCUUUUGACCCCCUAGCUUUCGCCCAAAGGCCCCAAGUCAUCCUCAGAGCUGUCUGCUGGUUAUUUUCCAUUGUCGUUUUCGGCUGCAUAUCCUCGCAAGGGUGGUUCGUCAAUAGUAAUGGAAAAGACGAAUGUCUCUAUAACAAGGAUGCGAAUGCCUGUAAUUAUGGGGUAGGAAUCAGCGUAAUUGCGUUUUUGGCCAGUAUGGGGUUCCUUGCUGGUGAAUACCUCUUCGAACAAAUGUCGUCGGUUAAAACCAGGAAGCACUACGUCUUGGGCGACUUAGGCUUCUCAGCUUUCUGGGCUUUCUUGUAUUUCGUGGGUUUCUGGUACCUGACAAGCCAGUGGAGCAACUCGACGCCCCCACCCAACGGCUAUGGUGUGAACAACGUCCAAGCGGCAAUCGCUUUUUCCUUCUUUUCGAUUUUCUCAUGGGCCGGUUGCGCAUUCUUCGCAUUUCAGCGUUUCCGCCAGGGCGCAGACGCGGCUUUCGCGACUAACUACGAAGCCGACACGAGUAUGCCCGGUUCGUAUCCGUCUUACCCCGGCGGACCCGAGACGGACCAACACUACCAGGAGCCGCCAUUUUCUGCGGGACCCAAUCAGAGGGGACCCACAGAUUUCCAAGCACCAGCUUACUAACUGGGCUUCAGUUAAGAUAUAUAAAGAUAAUAUUAAUAGUGAACAUAGCGCAGCUGCCUCAUCUCUAAAGCGAGCGGAAAACUCGCCGAUAAAGUAUUUCAGUAUAAGUCCUUUGUACUUAGAGUCGUAUUAUUGUUAACGGGAACUACCAAAGAGUUGAGUUUCAGACGUUGUUUAUGAUUAUUUUUCGAAGAAUCUCAUUUGGUUGCAUGGUUCUCGCCAUGGACUGUUUAUUUGCGUUCUGUAAGGCCAUGUAUUUUAAUAGUAGCUACUUAUAUCACAAAUUAUUGAGGAAGAAAAUGUGUUGAAUUAUAUAAAAUGUUAAAUAAUUAUAUAGAAUGUUCAAUGUACAGUUAUAUAAUAAUUGUCGAGCUGCUUGUAGCGUUUUGCUUUAUUUUCAAAGCAAUUUUUAGGCGUUUCGUGCAAGUACUUGCUGUUCUUGAGACGUGAGGGUCGCAAGUACCUUUUGAGUAGUGUAGAUAUGUGUGGUUCGGGACGUUCCGACUGCGUUCGUGCGCAUUCGGCGGAACCGACCUUUUUCUUUUUGCAGUGUGUGAGUCAAUCAGCUGCACUUUUAUUUUGUUGACAGUGCCAUUUAUUUUCAUAAAGUGGGAUCAACUUGUAUUGGUUUAUGAAACGAGAUUGAAUAUAUACUCUUGUCAAAUUUUUUUUUUUGAGAUUGAGCGACAAUAAAUUUACGCAAUUCACGGGCACUAAAGCGGAAGGUUAGAUCUACAUAUCCGAGCACAAUCUUUUCUAAAAAAAGAAACUAAACGUGACUAAUUGGUAUUUUCAAACAUGGUCAAAUUUUCGGUUCAACUGCUGCUUCGAAGAUGAAAAAUGUUGUUAGAUGGGUGUGGCAUAGUAAAGUUGUUCCUUGUCACGAAGAUAGUUUGUUAGCAUAUUUAAUUAGCAAUAAAGUCAACUGUAGAUAUAUUUAAUCUACUUGGUUUGUAAUUUUCCCAUUUUUAAAGUCAGUUCUGUGUAUGUAACGUGAAUUGAAGUCACUGAAAAAGACUCUUAUUUCUAGUUAUUUUUAUAUUGAAUUAUAUGUGAUUUUUAUUUUGAUGGAGUUAUAUUUAGGUGUACGAAUUGAUUCUGUGUACUAUUAAGUUACCAAUAAAUGUUACUAUUA